UUAUUUUUUUUACUACAAUUCGUCCCCGUGAAAGAAUACCAAAAUAUGAUGCAUUUUAAAAAACUUUUGGAAUUGUGGACCAACGAGGUCGUAGUGGAUGCCCAAGAUAACAUCAUGCAUACAUCCACUUGCCGUCAGUGGCCCAAAUCGUGCUGGAUAUUUGUGAAGAGCAUGUCCGUGAUGCAGGCCCUGGGCAUGGAUCGACAUCAGUUUCUGUGGUUCUCGAUGACAUUAAUGGUGAUUUCCGGAUUUUUAUUGACCUAUAUGUACAAGCGUAAUAUUUUCAAAUUAAGGCAGCAGCUGAUGCUCGAGCAGCAGUACAACCAGUGGCGCUACGAGAUGAGCAUGGACAAUUUGCUAACCAACAUGGGCAUGAAGCGAGACGCCGAGCUUCCCGACGCUACCUGUAGCGACACUCAGCUUUCGAUCGGUGCCUUGUCGCAGAACGACACCAGAAAGUCGCAUUCCUUUACCGCCUCUCCGCGGAAUGCCUUGGACAUGGACGACACCAGUUCCGGGGAGACUAACUUGUCGCGCAGCCAAUCGACUCAGACUGUAAGCAAUCGCGCACGCUUGCCGGGCAACCAGGCCAACAGAGCCAGGCAGUUCGCUCAGCUUCCGGUCAAUGAGAGGGGCAAAUAUUCGCAGCAGCUAACUGCUAUGAUCGCGCGCAGUAAGAAGACUCCAAUCUGGCGCCAUUAAUUGACCAAUAACAAGGCUAGUUAAGUUGUUUAGAUUUUCAUAGUUUUUUCCUCUUCUUUUUUUUUUGAUAGACAAUUGACAUAUUCCAGAUGACAGUUACUCCAAUGUAUAGUCAUAGUCACAUUCAUUUCCAUGUUCGAUUUUAAAUGAUAAAAAUUAGUUGCAGCUACGAGCCGAAUGUCGUUU